AUGGCACCUUCUUACAUCGGGAUACUUCUUCUAGGAGUUACAGCUGCGGCGGCUACACUAUGUGGAGGCAUACAGCUUCCAUCAGGGCAAUCCAGAGGUGGUCUCUUUAACGUGUCAAUCAAAAGUGACGGUAUAGAUCGCAGCUUUCUGAUCUCUAUUCCACCGGAGUAUCAUUCCCAUAUUCCGAAUCCCGUCAUUGUGUCAUACCAUGGAGGUGACCGGACUGCCGAAAGUCAAUUGCAGCUUGACCAACUGACCAAUCCUGAGUUCAACACCAAGGAUAUUGUUAACAAAUGGCAAGGCGUCCCAGGCGUCACAACCAAUGAUAUUAAGUUCACAAGAGACAUCUUGGACCAAAUAACUUCGCAAUAUUGUAUCGAUACCACCCGUAUCUGGACGACAGGCAAAUCUGACGGUGGUGGCUUCUGCAACGUACUCGCGUGUGACCCCGAGAUGUCUUCCCGCUUCGCGGCCUUUGCUCCCGUAUCCGGUGCUUAUUAUGUUGACACAUUACCUUGUCUACCAUCGACAGUACGAAUGCCCUGCAAGGCGUCACGAACAAAUAUUCCUUUACUAGCAUUCCACGGUGGAAACGACACAACCAUUUCGUACUGGGGUGGUGAACGGAAAGACGAGUGCUUGCCAACUAUUCCGCACUUCAUUCAACAAUGGGCCGCACGAGAUCAGCUGAGCAGCCGACGAAACAAAACGCUUGCAUUUGCGUCUGACACUGUCAUUUACUCUUUUGGUCGGGGAUUGGUGGGGUUGGUAUAUGAUUCGGUGAUAGGUCAUGACUGGCCCAGCACUGUGCCCAAUUCAGAUAAUCAGCAAGCUGGUCACCAUGUGGCCAGUUUCAAUGCCACUCCCAUCAUUCUUGCCUUUUUUGAUCGACAUAGUUUGUGA